UUCUUCAAACAAGCACAAGCAGCAGUCAAGUACGACGUUCAUUGAUCAUCCGAUCUAAAGCCAACAAGAGCUUCCCACCUCUCUUUAAAGAUAUGAUGCCUUCUAUUACUAAGAUCACCGUCUCUCUUCUUUCCUUGUUCGCCUUGUCCUCGGCCGCCCCAGCUGAAGACAUGACGAUCAAGCGUGCUGUCUCGAGUACCUGCCCAUCAUACACCAUCAUCAACACGCGAGGAACAGGUGAGCGCCAGGGCCAGUCUUCUGGCUUCCGAACAAUGAACUCCCAGAUCACCUCUCAGCUCUCGGGCGGCAAGAUCUACAACACCGUCUACCCGGCCGGCUUCUCCCAGAACUCUGCCUCCGGAACCCGGGACAUUAUCGACAAGAUCACGACCACGCUCCAAUCAUCUCCCAACGAGUGUUUUAUCCUGCAGGGAUACUCACAGGGUGCGGCCGCCACGGUCAACGCCAUGUCGUCCAUCACCGGCAACGCCUUCGACGCCGUCAAGGGCGUUUUCCUUAUUGGAGACCCGCACCACAAGAGUGGCCUCGCCUGCAACAUCGACAACAACGGCGGCACCACCACCCAGAACGUCAGUGGAUUGUCGGCUACCUUGACUCGGGGUAUUCCUGACAAUUGGGUCAGCAAGACUGCUGACGUCUGUAUCUUAGGUGACGGUGUCUGCGAUACCACAAACGGCAAUGGUAUCAAUGCCCAGCACCUCCAGUACCCCAGAGACUCUUCCACCCAGAGAAUGGGUGCCUCCUUCGCGCUUGAGAAGCUGGGGGGUCAAUAAAGGAGCGAGGAAUUCGUCCGCAGGUCGGCGGAUGGCUAGGGGCGAUAGGAUGGAUAUGAUUAUGAUAGCGUGCUUAGUAGGAAUUACACUGUUUCCACUACUGGCGAGUGGAAGAUUUAUUUGAUACCUGUAUAUGUACGAAGAGCGACCGCUACCUACUAGGUUAUUUUGUAUAAAAUACAGUCAUUUUUUCAACAGGUUCGUUGCACUCCUGAGUGUAGUCCGCUAUUAUAUUUGAUGUCCGGUGCUAGAAAUAUUGUGUCUGUGGCAUUCUAAGAGCAAUAAGGCUCUUGAACUCCAAAU